AUGCGCGCUCUUUCGAUAUCGGCUCUUCUGGCCGGGUGGGCUAUCCACGGCUGUUCCGGGCACAUACCACGACCCCGGGCGGACGGUGAGACCUGUACCAAAGCCACAGUGGCCGUUCUCGGAGGGGGGAUGGCGGGUAUCACGGCGGCGCAAGCGUUGCAUAAUGCCUCGAUCGACGAUUAUGUGAUUCUCGAGUAUCGCGAUCGAAUUGGUGGACGAGUGUGGAAUACGGAUUUUGGUGAGGACAAAGAGGGGAAUCCGUAUAGUCUUGAAUUUGGUGCAAAUUGGCUCCAAGGUGUUGGUUCUGAGACUACUGAAAAUCCCGUGUGGGCUCUGGCCAAAAAAUACAACCUCAAAAACCACUAUUCAAAUUACAGCUCCAUCCUCACCUACAACGAGACCGGCUACACCGAUUACAGUCAUCUGCUAGAUGUCUACAGCGAGGUCUCCACAAAGGCCGGUGAAAAUGCCGGCCGUAUCUUGACCGAGAACCUGCAGGAUCAAACCGCUCGCACUGGCCUUGCUGUUGCUGGUUGGAGACCACGAAAGGAUGAUAUGGCAGCCCAGGCUGUUGAAUGGUGGAGCUGGGACUGGGAGGAUUCAUUCUCCCCCGAAACCAGCUCGUUCGUUUUUGGCGUCGCUGGCGAAAACCUCACCUUUAACCAGUUUGGAGAGAAUAACAACUUGGUAAUUGACCCCCGUGGAUAUCGCCAGAUCAUCACCGGGGAAGCAUCAUCGUUCCUCCAGCCCGACGACCACCGACUCCAUCUCAACACCCAGGUGUCGGAAAUUGAGUACAGCCCGCAUGGCGUGACCAUCCACAACAAGGAUGGCACCUGCGUGUCUGCCGCGUACGCAAUCUGCACGUUCUCUCUGGGCGUGUUGCAGAACGACGCCGUCAAGUUCACCCCCGCUCUCCCGCCGUGGAAACAAACCGCCAUCCACAAGUUCAACAUGGGCACGUACACCAAGAUCUUCAUGCAGUUCAACGAGACCUUCUGGCCCGAAGACACGCAGUACUUCCUGUACGCCUCGCCCACCACCCGUGGCUACUAUCCUGUAUUCCAAUCUCUCUCGACCGAAGGCUUCCUCCCGGGCUCGAACAUCAUCUUUGUCACUGUCGUUUCCGAACAAGCCUACCGCGUCGAGCAACAAUCCGACGAGGAGACCAAGGAAGAAGUUCUCGAAGUCCUGCGCGAAAUGUUCCCGGACAAGGAUAUUCCUGAUCCAAUUGACUUCGGAUACCCCCGCUGGACGAAAGAGGAAUGGUCCUUCGGUAGUUACUCCAACUGGCCGGCAGGCACAACGCUAGAGAUGCACCAGAACUUGCGCGCCAAUGCGGACCGUCUGUGGUUCGCAGGCGAGGCAACCAGCGCGGCAUACUUUGGUUUCCUGCAUGGUGCGUGGUUUGAAGGCAAAGAGGCUGGUGAGCAGGUAGCGGCUGUGCUGCAGGGUCGCUGUGCAGAGGUGGAGGGAGUCAACGAAGAUUGCACCGGACGGGUGCACUAUAGCCCGCUACAUGGUACAACUCCGGAAGAUGCGUACAGUGCUGAGAAUGGGUGGCUGGUGGAUAGUGUGACCGUGACGGCGUAA